CAGACAACUUUAGUAGUGAAGUAAAUAUGGCGAUACGAUGGGUGUGUGUAUAUCUCCUCUGUCUUGCAACUUGUCAAUUGUGCAUUAGUUCAUCUCAGUUUUCUCCAAAUUCAGGGCGGACCGAGUCCCAGUUUGCACGCCAGUACACAUUCAGGCCGUUUGUCUAUCAUGUCCGGGAAAAGCGACAACUUCAAAACACCCACCGUCAGGACGGCCACGUAAAUGAUUUAUCAAUCACCUAUUCUCUAGAUAAUGACUCGUAUAUUCUGGACCUUCGAUUAAAUAGAGAUUUGCUCCCCGAUGGUUACUUUGAAAAGUACCACGAGAAUGGUGAGCAAGUUACUAAGGCAUCCAAUGGCACGGCUAAGGAAGCCCAGCUGUGCCAGUACCAAGGGCGAAUUCGACACGUUCCUCAGUCGUGGGUAGCUCUGUCGACAUGUGCUGGAUUAAGAGGUGUGAUAUUUGAUGGCAAAGAACUCAAUUAUGUAGAACCACAGAGUGGUUCGUCGCUGGACGAUGAACAUAUUUUAAUGAAGCAUUCUGAUUUGACCGCCAACUUCUCUUGCGGAACACAUUCCGCUUUGCCCCAUUCUAGUCACAGCCAUUCGAGGGUUAGGCGCCAAACGAAUUUGCCGUCCGACACCCCAGCAGUCAGUGGUCCGUUCAAAGCAAAUAGCCGAUCUCGUUACGUCGAGCUAGUGCUGGUUGUCGAUAAUAAAAGUUACGAAAGUCAGGACAAGGACCUCAAUCGAGUCUUCAGGCGAUGCAAAGAUAUUGCCAACAUCGUCAACGCGCUGUACGCGCCUCUCAACAUCUUUGUGGCCUUGGUCGGCAUCGUCGUCUGGUCAGAAAAAGACGAAAUUCAAAUUUCCGUUAAGGGUGAUGAAACGCUGACAAAUUUUCUCCAUUACCGACGCGUCCGGUUGUCCAAGGAGCAUCCCAACGAUAACGCCCAGCUACUGACUGGCAUUCAGUUUCAAGGAGGAGUGGUGGGUAAGGCCUUGAAGGGUCCCAUGUGCACUUACGAAUUUUCCGGUGGAGUGGCGAUGGAUCACAGCCCGACGGUCGGUUUGGUUGCCACAACAGUGGCUCACGAGAUGGGUCAUAACUUUGGUAUGGAGCACGAUAAUGACUCCCUCUGUCAUUGCCCAGAUGACAAAUGCAUCAUGGCUGCGUCUUCUAGUGCAAUAAGUCCCACCCACUGGAGUUCGUGCAGUUUAGAAAAUUUGGCAUUGGCGUUUGAGCACGGGAUGGAUUACUGCUUGCGCAACAAGCCAGCGAGUUUGUUCAAAAGUCCAGAAUGUGGCAAUAUGUUUGUUGAAGAGGGUGAAGAGUGCGAUUGUGGGUUACCCGGACGUUGCGACAACCCUUGCUGCAAUCCACUGACAUGCAAAUUGCACGUCAACGCCACUUGCGCAACUGGUGACUGUUGCGAUACUGCGACUUGUCGCGUGAAAAAUGCAGGCACUGCGUGUCGUUCAUCUCUCCAGGAAUGUGACCUCCCAGAAUACUGUACUGGUAAAAGUGAAUAUUGCCCAGCCGAUCUCCACAAGUUGGACGGCACUUUAUGUGGCCAAGAAAAAGCCUACUGUUACGAGGGAUCUUGCCGUACUCAUUCCGAUCAAUGUCGACUGCUGUGGGGACCUUCCGGCAAGGGAUCCGACGCAAAAUGUUACGAUCAAAACACACAUGGCAACAAAACGGGAAACUGUGGGUACCUCAAGGUUAACGACACCUUCACCAAAUGCCUCGACGAGAAUACUCAUUGUGGAUUAUUGCACUGCUCGCACUUGAACGAGAGGCUGGAAUUUGGAAUGGAAUCGGUUGCUGUUUUAUCUCAUUCGUUUUUCAACGUCGAUGGAAAAAUUAUUCCAUGUCGUACGGCCAAUGUUGAUCUGGGUCUGCAAGAUGUUGAUCCCGGUUUGGUUCCCAACGGCGCCAGGUGUGGCCACAAUAAGAUGUGUGUUGACCAGCGCUGUGUUGCUGUGUCAUCAGUUAUAAAAGCCGGCUGUCCACACAAAUGCGGUAUGAAUGGCGAGUGCAACAACCUGGGCAAAUGCCACUGCAAAGCCGGUUUUGAUCCACCCUUUUGCCAACAUUUCGGUGUCGGUGGCAGCGAAGAUGGUGGACCUGCUUCUGAUCCCAACGUUCGAAAUGGUUUUGUGGUGGCCAUGUUCAUCAUCUUCCUUGGAAUAUUUCCCUUUUUGGCAUUGGCAUUCUGCUGCUGGUAUUGCUGUCGUGAUCGUCACCAGAGAAUGCAGUUGUGGGCCAAAAUCAUGGGCGGACCCAAAUUGUCAUUGCCAACACGCUGCAGUCCAGAUUUCACCCAGCCGCCAAGUAGCUCCAACAGCUCAACGACUUCUUCACCAUCGCGGCGGAUUCCAUUCCGUGGACGGUUAUUUUGUCCCAUUAGUUGGUGGAAUAACAAGAACUCGAGCAGUCGAGUACCUUCGGAUGAGCCAGCAGCUCGGAGUAACGGUGUCAAAGUUGAAAUUUCUCGGCCAAUGCCAAUCCGCCCAAACAAACUGGGAGGCAUUGGCAACGGUUCAAAUCCCCCAGCCGUUACUGUCUCAGCUUCUCGGCCGCCGUCCACCUCUUUAGCCCACAAUCUCGUCGGCCAAUACCAUGGAGUGACCCUUUCUCCACUUACUGAGAACGUGGAUUCGAGUUUCGAUAGUUUUGACAGCGCGGAUUCAGCCGACACCCAUGUCCAUCCAGCGCCGAUAGUUUCCAAGGAAGAAACGAACAAAACUGCUGGUGUCGUUGCUGCUCGUGCCAACUUCUUUUCCAACGGAGCGGCCAUUAGCAAUAAAAUCACCACUGCCGCUGCUACGCUUCCUGUUCGACCGGCCCCGGCGGCUCCCGUUUCGUCAACGCCACUUCACAAGGCACCCACAAGUCCUCCAACUCAAAAGCCAGCAUCCACCGUUCCUACUUUGGGUCACACGGAAAUCAUAAUCGCUAAAACGAUCGUUCCAGUCUCGUCGAGUGAAUCUAUAACCAAAGCCACUGGGAAACCAGAACUACCGCCUAAAGGCCGCCCCCUGUCAACUCCAAACACUUACAAUGUCAAAGCGAUUUUCAAUCGGGCGGAACCUACCCCACCUCAGCCGAUUCCACCCUCUGCACCUACCCAGCCGAAUAGCACAUCGACGUUGCAACAAAAGGUGGCGUCUCUGUUCAAAGCAAAUCCCACUCAAACAGCGGCCAGCACCCCGGAUGCAGGAACCGUUCCAGAUACCAUCAGCAUCUCUGAAAGUGAGACUAGCAGUAGCACUUUGCCACGUAAUCAAAGCAUCAAGGCUACCAAGAUAAAUCGUGAAAGUUUACGUGGUUUGGAGAUCUCCAACCCGAUUUUGCAGAACACCAUUGAACUGCCAUCGAAAGUUGUUCCCGUCAGACCAGCUCCUGCGCCGCCGGGCUCUUCAGUUCCGUCACUCCCGUUACCCAUUCCUACCGUGACAUCGCCAACAUCGCCGACAUCUAAACUAGGAACCAGCAGCACUCUGCCAAGAUUGCCAAAGGCCAACAAAGUCCACUUUGCCGAAGAUGAUGAAAAGGGAGACAAAGUGGAUGGCGUUAAAUUGGCUCCCAUCGUCGAACGGUCGGAAAGUAUGCGCCUUCGAGGCGUUACCAGCCGCCCCAACAUACCGCAGUUCGGUUCAAUGAGAGCCAAGAGACCUCUUAGUAUGCCUUUCACUAGGCCAACUUCUCCUCCACCGAAUCCGCCCAGUCUAACAUUAGUUCCCAGUCCGAUUAUCGAGAACGACUAUCCCUAUGACGACUGCUCUAGGGUCAACCAGUCGGAAGAAGACGCCAUUUAUGCCAGUAUCGAAGAUUUACCCAGAGACAAAGUAUCGACGGAUCGAGACGAAGCAGGUAGCACAACGACCAGUAAUUCUGAUGGCUUGCUGUCGGAAAUUGUUUGCGAGCUAAAAAAGAAAAAUACCGAUGUAUACUCAGUCACCAUGAAAAAUAAAGCAUCGACACUCCCUGAGCCGCCGAAGCCGAUUGCUGCCCCUACCGCAGUCAAAACGACGGCAGUUGCGCCAGUUAAAAGUGGACUUUUAAAAUCCAUCACGUCUAAUAACAGCCCAACUGUACCAGUCAAGUCGACACCGUCUACCACCACGGUCAGCUCUGCGCCAACGACUUCAACCCAAGGUUAUAAACCAUACUCGUCAUCAAUGCCUUCGCGUGGUCGCUACCUUGGCACUGGCGCUUCUACUGCUGCGACUACCAACACUACUGAAUCGAACAAUCCUGUCACUAGUGCCUCUUUGCCCAGUACCGGUGUUUCGACUACUAAACCAUUGAGUUCCACACCAUCCGUUCCGGUUACGACCAGUGGUGCAACCCAACCAAAAGACAAUCUGAUUUCCGUAACCAAACCAAUAGCUCCCUCAACGACGCUUGCUGAACCAGUUGGUCGUGUUGGUAGUACCCCUGCGCCCCUUCCACUGCAGCCACCAAUCGGUAAAUUACCAUUGACUUCGAAACUUGCCAAUAAUGUCACGGAGCCUUCGACUACUGGAAGCACGGCGACUGGGAAACCUUCUGUUGUGAAUGGCAGCAAACGACUUAUGUCGUCAGAUAAGGAAACCAUUUCCGCCAAACCUGGUGCUCACCAACCUGUCACAGCUGCGGCAAAGUCAAAAUCACCCAAUUCGAAGAUAACUACUGCAUCGCCUCUAGCCAUCAAGACCCCUGGGGCACCUGUCAAAAGUGGUGCCGGUGUCCCUAAGAUAGCGAAACCUUCUACUACUACUACUGGAUCGACUUUGCGUUCAGCCGCAAACUCUAAUGUCACGACCACCGUGAGCUCGAGUAAACCAACGACGUCAAUUGGUUCCAGUAACAGCACUUCUAGUCCUGGCGGCACAACCACAGCUUCCUGUGGAAAAAAUAACUCAUCGUCGCAUGUCCUGUCCAUGCAGCAAAAAUUCGAUACAUCCAACGCUUUGAAAGGGCCUAUCGUCAGCGCUAGUAGUAAUAAAAGCGCAUCUGCAAUUUCGGCAAAAAGCAAAUCCAAUCCUAAACGAUGAACAAAUAGGUCCAACGAUGUAUGUUAUAAUUCGUUUACAAAAUCAAUUCUUAAUCUUUUUCGCAUUUGUACCCAUUUUGACAGCCAUGCCACACCUUUUAUUCCACCAAAAUUCUCUUUUAAGGUUUGUUCCUUUUGAAAGUGAAAAAAGAUAAAGAAUUCAAAAAAAGGCAAUGAUGUUGAAUCUGAUCAGUAUUUUAAAGAAAGAAUAUUGUACAUAAAUGUAAAUUGAAUUCUUUUUGUUUUUCAUCCAUUAUCCAUUAUGUUCACAUUACGCAGAAUGAAAUACAUUUCGGUUACAUCUU